AUGGGGAUUAUUCGCAAGAAGACCGCGAUGAGAGGGGGUGAAGGUGGUGUUAAAUAUGUUUGUGAUAUUUGUUCCGCAGAUAUUACCAAUACUGUCCGAAUUAGAUGCGCCCACACAGCUUGCAAUGAAUACGACUUAUGCGUACAAUGUUUCUCUGAUGGAAAAUAUUCUUCACAACAUCAACCUGCGACUCACUCAUUUCGCGUCAUUGAACAAAACUCGGUCCCAAUUUAUACCGAUGAUUGGGGGGCAGAUGAGGAGUUAUUAUUAUUGGAAGGAUGUGAAAUAUAUGGAUUAGGAUCUUGGGCAGAUAUCGCAGAUCACAUUGGAGGAUUUCGAAGUAAGGAUGACGUUCGAGAACAUUACAAGAAGGUAUAUCUGGAUAGUCCGAAAUUCCCAUUACCGAAACGAGCCAGUCCGCAUGAUACCGAAUUGAUGGAUACAUUUCCUCGAGAAGGCUUUCAAGAAUUGAAGAAGAGACGAAUAGAGGAACGAAAAGAAGCAUCGAAGAAUGCUCCUCCCGCACAACCCAAGACGAAACCCACAGCCAGUGUUCCAUCAUGUCACGAAAUUCAAGGUUAUAUGCCUGGUCGUCUAGAAUUUGAAACGGAAUAUGCGAAUGAAGCAGAAGAGGCCGUUCAGCUAAUGUCUUUCGAACCUGGCGAUGGAACCAAUCCUAUCACAGGAAAGAUGGAACCGGAAUUCGAACUCAAAAUGACGGUAAUGAACAUAUAUAAUCAACGUUUAACCCAACGAGCCGAUCGUAAAAAGGUCAUAUUCGAACAUAACCUUUUGGAAUAUCGGAAAUCAGUUGCUCUUGAUAAGAAACGUACCAAGGAAGAGAGAGAUCUUCUCACUCGUGCCAAACCUUUCGCAAGAAUGAUGAAUCAUGAUGAUUUUGAAGAAUUCUCCAAAGGUCUCAUCGAUGAGUUAAAUUUACGACUAGCAGUCCAACAAUUGCAAGAGUGGAGACAAAUGAAGAUCGGAGAUCUCAGCAGUGGAGAGAAAUAUGAGCAAGAUAAGCAACAGAGACUUCAAAAAGCAUUACCUAUGGGUAGCAUGGACCGUGAACGAUUUGCUACAAAUGCAAGAAACAAACCUCCUCCUGUGAUCGAAACUCCAAGUGGUGCAGCUGCAUUAGUUGCACCCGAGUUACCAGAAUCUAUCCUCACAUCACGGCCCAACGACGAUAAAGAAAACCUACUAAACGGCACUGGUACUGGUACUCUCACAAAUGGAAUCAAACAACAAUCCCCCGUCAUCAAACGCGAACCAAUACAAGUCCAACCCCUCUCAACCAUCACACCAAUAUCACUCAAUCCCUCAUAUACCUCAGAUUACCACCUCUUAACCCCAGGAGAAGUCGAUCUUUGUGAAAAGACGAGAUUAAACCCAAAACCAUAUCUAGUAAUCAAAGAAGCGAUUUUGAAAGAGGCGUUGAAGGGUGAUGGAAGGUUGAAGAGGAAAAUGAACAUGGAGUUCAUGGAAGGUGGCGAUGGGGGCGCGGAUGCCGGUGCGCAUUUCCCUGGAUGGGACUGGACGGGACUGGAGUGA